AGAUACGGCCUUGCUCUGUCACCCAGGCUGGAAUGCAGUGACAAUCACAGCUCACUGCAGGCCUCAAUCUCUGAGACUCAGGUGAUCCUCCUGCCUCAGCCUCCCAAGAAGCUGGGACUACUGGCAUACGUCCACAUGCCCGGCUAAUUUUUUAUUUUUUAUUUUUUUGUAGAGAUGGGAUUUCGCCAUGAUACCCAGGUUGGAAGAUCCAUUUCCUUUCUGCUAGGUGACGGAAAUGCUGUCUUUGACUAGUAAAUGAAAGAAAGGAAUACCUACAGAAAUAUUCAAAUAUCCAAUUAAAAUAUUUGAAUUACAUAUUAAAUAAUCUCAAGGCCAUAAAAUUAUAUUUUUAAAAUGUCUUUAUUCUAUUUAUCAUAUAAGGCACAAACGUUAGGUAUUUAUAACCUUGCUAAAAGCACCAAUGAAAAUGGGAUUUGGAAAAGAAUAGAGAAAUUAACAAAAUUGCUAAUUAUAAUAAAUAUGAUCAGGAAAACUUUGAAUUCCUCUUUCAUAAAAUCAUUUUUCAUAUUUGACUUCCUGUUUGAAGCAGGAUACGUGGGAAUUCAUUAUUGAUCAACUAGCUAGCCUACCUGGUUUUUCAGAAGAAUUAUCAACCUCUGUUAGGAAUCCUUGCUGCUCCUGCUGGAUGCAGUUGCCCACAAGAGAAGCAGCUGCUUUUAAAAUCAAUUUUAGAUUGACUACAAUUUGGAGCCUACCCUUGGGACCUUCAUUUGGAGCUCAUAUUUUAAACCACAAUUUGGUCUCUAUCCUCAUUGUCUUUAUAUACAAGGCUCAUCUCUCUUAAUCCACAGUGGCUUGAAAUCUCUCAUUAUCUCUCUGUUUCAGCUACCUGAGAAGUCUACUGCCCAUCUUUGACGUCCACCCCAGAAAGAUAAUUUCAAGUAGACCAUCUAGCCUACAUUAUAGGGCUCCUCAUAUACCCUCUAAAUUUAAUGAUACUCAGUCUAGCCAUUUUUACAUGACAUGGCAACAAACAGAAAUGUGUACAUUUACCAUUCAGUUUACAGGCAAAAUCUUACAUUAGGUACAGUUUGACUAUUUUUAUUUGACUAUUGUUCCCUUUAUUUUUCUUUCUAAGUCACCUUUUCUAUACCAUAACAUAAAAUUUAGGUAAUUACUAUAUAAUGCUUAAGAUUAUAGGCUCUGGUGUGACACUAGUUCAAAUCUGGGCUGCACUGGUUAUUAGCUAUGUUAACUUAAAAAAAUUACUAAUAUUUUCAGGCCCCAAGAGCAAAAACCAUCACUACUGCUUCACGGGUUUUUGUUAUUAAAUGAGUUAGCACAAGUAAAACAGAAAAGCACCUAACAUGAAUUCUGUACAAAUCCUGCAUUUUUAACAUGGAGUAACAGUAACGCUAGUUAUUGGAGUAAUAAGCUAUAAAUAUACUUUCAAUGCUUAAUAAGACUGAGCAAGUAUCAUUUUGGUUAGUAGGCUCUUUUGAGCUUGAAAAAUUAUAAACACAACUUCCUCAGUUGUCUCCGCAGCUAGUCUGCAAAGAUAAAUAUUUAUAGAUUUUUCUCCCUCAAGUUUAUUAUUUUAAUACAGAAAGUGGUUACUAGAAAAAGUGUGGAAAGUAAGGAAAAGUGAAGGGGGGGAGGACAUGCAUAUUUCCACUAUAUACACUAUGUGAUAUAUUUACUUCCAAGAGUUUUGUAACAAAAAUGUAAUUUUUAAAAUCAGUUAUAUAAAAUUAAAUCCUACCAUUUCUACCUACCAGUACCAUGAAAGUAUUUUUCCUUGUUGGUUCAGCCUUUGACAAUAUAAUUUUUAAUAGCAGCAUAAUAUUUCAAGUUGAAUUCAUAUAUUCUAAAGCAAACCUGGGCAGGACUUUCUUGUGACAACUGCAAACAUACUUGCCAUAAAAGAAUAGUGAUGGGGGGCCUAGGUGAAGUGGCUCACACCUAUAAUCCCACUGCUUUGGGAGGCUAAGAGUUCAGGAGUUCAAAUCUGGGAUAAGGACCAGGACUUCAAGACCAGCCUGGGCAACACAGUGAGGCUCUAUCUCUAAAAAAAUUUAAUUUAAAUUAAAAAAAGAAAAAAGAAUGUCAGUCAGGAUCCACAGUCAUGGGAGUGCAAACUUUUUCUACAGCACACACACUGGCAUCUUUCUAGCGCUUAGUAUAGUCAAAACAAUGAUGGUACCACUAAGCUAAUAAAUACAGGAAGAAAAAAUAUUGAACAAAGUUGUGGCUUCAACUUAAAUGUUAAUUUUCAUUAAGAAGCACUUCCAAUUUUUCACUAAGACCAACUAACAACUUCAAUCAAUAUAUAAAAUAUACAUGUUUGCAUUCUGACUUAAGGCAAGUCAACCUAAAUUCAUCCACAGUAAGAAAAAUUCAUAGAUGUGCCUAUGUUGAAACUUAAAUUUUCCAUCUGGUAGCUUAAGGAUACUUUAGGUUAUCAGAGAUUUUAAAAGUACAUAUAACACACAUUUACUGAAACCUAAUUAUGAAUUUUGCCAGAUUCAACACAUACUACUUUAAUUGACUAACAGCAACCAGUAAAAAUGUUUCAUUUAUUUAAAAAAUCACCAGCCUGGGUAACAUAGACCUCAACUGUUAAAAAUUAGCCAGGCUCAUUUUUAAAUUUUAUCCUGGCGCAUGCCUGUAGUCCCAGCUACUGGGGAGGCUGCGGUGGGAGAAUCACUUGAGCCAGGGAGGUCGAGGCUGCAGUGAGCAGUGAUCUCACCACUGCACUCCAGCCUGGUUGACACAGUGAGACUUUGUCUCAAAAAAACAGGGAGAAAAAAAAAAAAAAAAGAAGAAGAAAAAAGAAAAGAGAACAUUAGGGAAGCAGCAUGAUUUGAUGAAAAGAGUCACUGAACUUGGAAGGCAAAAACUUGGAUUCAUGUCCCAGCAUGGCCCUCAACUAUGCAACAGCUGAAAAAUUCUUUACUAACUCUAGGUCCUAACUUUAAAGUGUAGUCCUUCAAUGAUGUGAUUCCUAGGGUCUCUUCCAGCUCUAAAGUAAAGAUGCUAAGAAAUAAAGAUGAUAAUGCUACCAUUAUCUGGCAUGCAACUGAUGGCCACAGGACAGGUGACUUAUUGACGUACAUCAAAUCCUAAACCUGUAAUUUUGUUCAGCACUGUCCCAGACAGUGUGUGCUGUAGUGGGGGUGGCUGACGGGGGGCGGGCGGGGUAUCGGGUAGGCACAGUGGCCACUAUAAUCCCAUUAUUUGUUAUAUAAAUGUAUUGUUUUCUUUAAAAGUAAAAAACCAUAAAAAAAUUCUGCUUUAGUCUUUUCUGCUACCUUGGUUCCCUAUCCCUUUAACAAUAACAACAACCAGAUUGAAAUUAAAUAUUUGAGUUGCUCUCAUUAAAGAAACUUCCAUUUACUUUCCUGGUACACAAGGAAAACGAUUUUGAAAUCUGCCUAGUCAACAGACAUUAAUAUUGUCUGUUGAAAUAAAUAUGUCUGCAUAGUUAUUUUAAAAAACACCAUAUAAAAUCAUGCUUAAAUUCAUUUAUUUUGAACACAUACCUAUGAGCAAUUAGUCUAAAUAUAAAGAAAAAGAUGAUGAAUUAUAUGAAUUUUCAAAGCACAUUAAAUUAGCAUUGAAAUUCUAUGAACGUACUUUGCUAACUUUGUUAAUUUUUUGUUUGUUUGUAAUAUGCAAUGGAGGGGAAGAUAUAUGUUGAAAAUACAUCUUGGCUCAUUAAAAAUGCAACACAGGCAUAUGCUCUUUUCAAACAUCUUUUUAAACCAAGAAGGAGAUCUUUCUUUGCCAUCUUUCAAAUAAACAUUCAUUUCUGGUCCUGAUUAUAAGCAAGAUACAGUAUAGUAAAUGACAGAUUUGCUAUGUCUUUGAGUUAACAAAAAAUAAUAAACAAGGUAAGCACCAGAGUACUGUGGAACACACUGAGCUUAUCAGUAUUAAUUUUUUACAUGUUUCAACUGACUAAAUGUAGCUAUAAAGGGUACCCUGACUGUAAAUUUAAACUGCUAUGCUUAUGUGAAGAUUGUGUUAUAAGCAGUCAUUAUGCUCUUUUGUAAUCUCUAAUGGGAAAACUAAGAAGUUUUUUUUCCUUUAAAAUUAAAUGCUUUAAUAAAGUAAGAUUUUUAGGGGAAAAAACACUCAACUUUUUAAGUUGUAAAUUACUAAAAGCUGCUCUCACUAGACUUGACUAUUUAGAAACUACAGUGAUUAAAUGCUUUCCAGAGCUUACAUGUUAGUGCUUUCAACAUCAAAUGUACAAUGAGAAACAUGUCAGCACUCUGCUCUGCGAAGCUUUGGCCUUCAGUCAGCAACAGUACAGGACGGCCAGGUCCUGCACGACUGAGAUAGACAGAAACGCCUUAGCAAACCAGAGCCACCAGAUCCAUCAUUUGCUUUUGACCGCUUAUGCCUACAUACUUGCCCUCAACCCACAUGUUUGCAAACACAACCUUCUACACAUUAAACUAACAGGCUAUUCCUUUGCUCCUGAAUCACACAGGCCGCCUAAUUAAGUUCCUAGCUAAAUCUCUCCACUGAAAUUACUUUCCAUAGGAAAAACUGUACAGAUAUCCCAGUAAAUUGAAUAAAAAGAUUGAAAAAUUGUAGGAAUUCUGCACACAUGUGUAAUUACCAAAGUAAAAGAAAUAUUUUAAAGUACAUAUUUAUUGUCGACUGAUUUCCAACUUAUGGAAAUGUACAUACAAACACUUGAAAAAUAAAGCUUCAAAAGUAUACACUUUGUUUGGAUUUUGGAAUGUGUUCAAACUUGGCAGAAACUGUGGGAUCCUUGAAACAUCAAGGUUUUUCACUUUUUCUUCUCCUUUUUUUAAACUGCCUGUAAACUUUCAUCACCAGUAUUCUGCUACAGGUACAGACAUGGCUAAAAUGCAUUGAUUCAUCCUAGAAGGAGGAAUGUUUACAGAAAUUAAGCCAGAUUCACUCAAAGCAAAGCACAGGCUUCAACAUGAAACCCCUACCCCCACCUAAAAGACCUUCUCAGCAGUAACUAUCUAACUUAUCUACGUGUCUCCUCUAUUCUUCCCUUAAUUCUUCUGUGUCAUGUUUCUGGUUAUAUUAUCAUGUGCUUCCAACUUUUUUUCCUUUGAUAAGAGUAAUUUUAAGAGGCUAGUUUUUUUUUCUUACCCCACAGCAGUCUCUUAACUGAUUGGUCUGAAAUUCCUUUGCUCCACCUCCUAACAUCUGUCACAAAAGUCAGAUUACAAGUCAACCCAAAGGGGAGCAAGGAGUGUGCACAUAAGAGGGAACACAAGAAAAAGGAAACACUAGUGGUUAGGGCAUCACUAGAAGCCAUAAUAUAGUUUCUAUUCUUUAUUUGAUACAAUUGUACAAAAGGACAUCAUGUUAGAUAUAACAUUAGGCUGCAUGUUAAUUUCCUAAAUAAAAAUUCUCUUUAAAGAUGUAAAAUAAUAAUCCCUUUAUUAUUCAAUAUGUAGAGAUUUAUUAAACACUUAUAAAGUAAUAAUUUAACAUUUACAGUGAAGAAAACUAAAUUUCAUCUUCAUUUUUAAAGUAAUCUCUAAUACCAUCAGAAAUACAGUGAAAUACAUUAAUUACAACCCAAAUUAUACAAUGUAUGUAGCUACUUAGGUAUUUUACUAAGAAAAUAACUUUAUCUUUGGUAUUUUCUAUUUUAAAAACUUAACUGUGAAUUGAUUUGAUGAUUGUGUAUAUAAAUCUGCCAAAAUUAUUUCAAUGGAUGAAACAAUGAAUCAGUACCUAUUUAUAUGCUGCCAAGGCACACCUAUAAUUUUUUAAAUGAUGAUAAGAGUAGCCUAAGGCAGUGAGCAGACAUCUCAGAAAUCUCAGUGUAAGUGGUUUUAACUUGCAACAUGAUGCCAAAAAACUUAGAACAGGGAGCUGCCAUCUUGCGUUCCCAUGUGUGUGCACCUAAUCUCAGCUGGUUCCCCUGAGACCCCCUGAGCACCAACCCUAGUCCCCUGCGCAGCCCCUUAUCCACUGUGACAAGAUGAAAGAAACAAUCAUGAAUCAGGAAAAACUCGCCAAACUGCAGACAAAAGUGCCCACUGGUGGAACUGCUCACAGAAGGAAGGUGGUUAACAGAACAGCCACAGCAGAUGAUAAAAAACGUCAGUUCUCCUUAAAGAAGUUAGAAAUCUCUGGCAUUGAAGAGGUGAAUAUGUUUACAAACCAAGUAACAGUGAUCCACUUUAACAACCCUAAAGUUCAGGCAUCUCUGGCAGUGAACACUUUCACCAUUACAGGCUAUACUGAGACAAAGCAGCUGACAGAAAUGCUACCCAGAAUCUUAAACCAGCUUGGUGCAGGCAGUCUGACUAGUUUAAGGAGACUGGCUGAAGCACUGUCCAAACAAUCUGUGGGUGGAAAAGCACCACUUACUACUGGAGAGGAUGAUGAUGAUGAAGUUCCAGAUCUUGUGGAGAAUUUGGAUGAGGCUUUCAAGAAUGAGGCAAACUGAAGUGAGUCAACUUCUGAAGAUAAAACUUGAAGAAGUUACUGGGAGCUGCUAUUUUAUAUUAUGACUGCUUUUUAAGAAAUUUUUGUUUAUGGGUCUGAUAAAAUCUAGAUCUCUAAUAUUUUUAAGCUCAAGUCCCUUGGACACUACAGCUCUUUUCAGUUUUUGCUUAUAUGCAAUUCAUUCUUUGCAGCUAAUUAAGCCGAAGAAGUCUGUGAAUAAAGUUUGAAACAAAGGUUAAUAAAGUUCUUUGCCUAGUAUACAGUUUUAUUCUUUAUUUCAUUGACACCGAUCUGUACACAGUAAAUCACAGUGUAGUGUAACACAGGUGGUAUAAAGUUCUCAUGUUUGGAAAAAAAAAAAAAAACCUUAAAUCAGGAAAACAUUUAACUAAAGCAACAACAAAAACUUGUUUUUUGGUUAAAAGUGCUUGGUGGUUCUCUAAUACAUAUGAGCACCUGAAAAAUAAUUCAGAUCCAAAUCUACUCCAUUAGGAUACUGAAGUUUCCAAAGCCUACAGAGCUUCAGCUGAUUGUAAUUGCUGUGAAGGGCGAGAACCUACCGUGUGCUUAAUCUUGCCAUCUGUAGGUGCUUUACACAACUCCAGAGCUUUUUAAGUAGGGUCAAAAGUUUAUAGUAUUUUUUUAAACUAAUUACCCAUCACAAAAUCCUUUUGCUUUAUG